UCCCGUGUCUGCCAGGUGUCCCGCCCCUCGGCCGUCCCCAGCCUGUCCAGCUUCCGCACCACCCGCGUGACGCCCCUGCGCUCCUACCAAAGCGCUUACCAAGGGGCUGGCGAGCUGCUGGACUUCAGCCUGGCCGACGCCAUGAACCAGGAGUUCCUCCAGACCCGCACCAACGAAAAGGUGGAGCUGCAGGAGCUCAACGACCGCUUCGCCAACUACAUCGAGAAGGUACGUUUCUUGGAGCAGCAGAAUGCCCUCAUGGUGGCCGAGGUGAACCGCCUGCGGGGCAAGGAGCCCACCCGCGUGGCCGAGAUGUACGAGGAGGAGCUGCGGGAGCUCCGGCGCCAGGUGGACGUGCUCACCAGCCAGCGGGCCCGCGUUGAGGUUGAGCGUGACAACCUGCUGGAUGACCUGCAGAAACUCAAGCAGAGCAGAGCUGAGGUCGGGCUGCGAUGCCACGGGACCCCCAGAGCUGGGGGGAUUGGAGUGUCCCACCCCAAGGGUCUCCAUCCCUGCUCAUGCCAGGGAGAGCUGGGGAGCCCGUGGGUGUCUGACCUGACACAAGCGGCCAACAAGAACAAUGACGCGCUGCGGCAGGCGAAACAGGAGAUGCUGGAGUACCGGCACCAGAUCCAGUCCUACACCUGCGAGAUUGAUGCCCUCAAGGGCACGAACGACUCGCUGAUGCGCCAGAUG